AUGUUCCAAGCAGCCCAGUUUUACUCGCCCGAAGACCAGCUCAGGGAGGAGCAAGCCCGGCUGAUGCGGCCAAGUAACACAGACGCCGAAGCCGCAGCCGCAGCCGCAGCCGCAGCCACAGCCACAGCUGACACCGAGCCAGGCUCGCGAAAACGCCCACGGCUGGCCUACGAGGGCGAGCCAGAUAUUACCAAAUGGGCGGUCCCGCCGGCACCAGACAUCUUCACACUCGAGACAGACCACACCAACAACCUCACGCCAGACCCUGCCAUUGCCUUUGCCACAAUGACUGUUACUGACGAGCCGACAGACCCAUACCAAGGUAUCGGACCCACACUCCCAGCCAUGCACUUGAGCAGCGAAGUCCUGCACCAGAUAUGCAACCUGUGCACGGCACAGAAUGACUUUGAGCGGCGUCUGUUCGAGCACCGGAAGCGCAUCCAGCAUGAGUAUGACCGAGCUAUGAAGCAAAUUGAUGCGCGGGAGAUUAUUGGGCCUGUGCCAAAGCAGGAGAAGGAUGAGGCCUUGAGGCAGCAUAGGGUCGAGCUUGAUCGCGCCGACAAGAGAGCGAUUGAAAAGAUGGAUGAGCUUCGGUACCAGCAGCAGAUCCAGUUGCAGAGCUUGGGCGUUCCCGGAUUUUACCCGUCGUCUGAUGUCAAGACCAUGCAAACGCAGCAGGCGGCGCUUUUGCAGGCCAUGGCCCAGCUCAAGCCAUAG